AUGUGGAGCGGGAAGAAAGAGGGAGGCAAGGGAGCGGAGGGAGGAGGAAUAAUAGGAUCGGUAGGUAAAAAGGGAAAAGAAAGAAGUGGAAGUCUAGGGAAUAUAGAAGAUCUACUGAAGAGGAAAAAAAGGGAGUUAGAGGAAAAAACGGGAGAAGGGAGCGGUGAGAUCUUUAAGAGAAGCAACAAGACAACGAGAUCACCGGAAAAAGGUGGUGAAGAGGAUGGAGAGAAGGAAGAGAUCAAAAGAUUGUUGCAAGAUAUGUGGCAAGAAAUGAGGGAGAUCAGGGAGGAAAUAAAGGAACAGGGAGAGAGGAUAAGAGGAGAGAUGGAGGAGAUAAGGAGAGAUUACAAGAUACAGAUGGAAAGGUGGAAAAGAGAGAAGAAAGAAAUGAUAGAGAACAUGGAAGGUAUGAAGAGGAGGAUAGAGGGACUGGAGAGGAAGAUGGAGGAAAAGGAGGAGGGAGAGAGAGAAAGAAGAGAGCACACAGGGAAUGGUUUACAGAAGAGAGUAGGGGAAAUGGAAAGGAAAUGGGAGAUAUUAGAAAAAGAGGAAAAAAGAAAGAAUAUAGUAAUAAAAGGCUUAUUAGUCAAAGAGGGGAAAAGAAGAGAGGGAGCCGAAAAAUUGUUAGAGGAGAUAGAGGCAAGAGCGAGGAUAAUGAAAAUAAGGAAAAUAGGGGAGGAUAGAGAAAUGGGGAGAGAAAUGGUGGUGGUGGAAUUGGAGAAGGAAGAACAGAAAUGGGAAGUGAUGGAGAAGAAAAAGAGGCUGAAAGGCAGAAAAGAAAGGAUAGACACGGAUUUAACAUGGAAAGAAAGGGAGAUAAGACGAAAGUUGGGAGAGAUAGCAAGGAGAGAAGAGAAAAGAGGAGAAAGGACAUGGGUAAGUAAUGGCAAGUUAAAAAUAGGAGAAAAAUGGUGGAGAUGGGAUGAGGAGAAGGAAGUGCUGAGAGAUGAGAAGGGAAAUGUAAAGAAUAUGAUAAUGGGGGAAGAGGAGAGGAGAAAGGAAGAUGGGCUAAAGUAG